GUCAGACAGACUUCGGGCAACUCGCAGAGUCCGCGCAGCGGUUAACACUGAACGGGCGUCUCAAUGGCUCUGCUGUGACUGGAUACACCGUGGGGAAUACCAAAAUACAUUUAGUUAAAGGACCGUCUCCGAGCUAUGCGGGGCACUUUCUUCCUAUUGUUCUGUGGCCUGGCAACUACCAUUGCUCAGGUGCCUGAUCAUGCCCAUGGCUGUGCCCAAGGAAGUUGCUACCCGGCAACAGGUGACCUUUUGGUGGGCCGGGAGAAGAAACUGAAGGCUUCAUCUACCUGUGGCCAUAACAGGAGAGAACCUUACUGCAUUGUCAGUCACCUGCAGGAGGAGAAGAAAUGUUUCCAGUGUGACUCGCGUCGGCCGUACGACCUGGUGUACAACACCAUCAGCCACCGCAUUGAGAACGUUAUCACCACCUUCAGACCAGACCGCAAGAAGUGCUGGUGGCAGUCAGAGAAUGGAAAGUCUAAUGUUUACAUUCAGCUGGACCUGGAAGCAGAGUUUCAUUUCACUCACCUCAUCAUGACUUUUAAGACAUUUCGUCCAGCAGCCUUGCUGAUAGAGCGCUCGGCGGAUUUUGGACACACCUGGCAGGUGUACCGCUACUUUGCCUAUGACUGCUCCGCAGUCUUCCCAAGAAUCUCUCAAGGCCCCCUCCGCAGUGUUGACGAUGUCAUCUGUGAGUCACGUUAUUCGGACAUCGAGCCGUCUACAGAAGGAGAGGUGAUCUUUCGAGUUCUGGACCCUUCUAUCCAAAUUGAAGACCCCUACAGUCACCGCAUUCAAAACCAGCUGAAAAUCACUAACCUGCGAGUGAACUUCACCAAGCUGCACACUCUGGGUGAUAAUCUGCUGGACUCACGGCAGGAGAUCAAGGAGAAGUACUACUACGCCAUGUAUGAACUCGUUGUCAGGGGCAACUGCUUCUGCUAUGGCCAUGCAUCUGAGUGUGCACCCAUUGAGGGCGUAAAAGAUGACAUUGAAGGCAUGGUGCAUGGGAGGUGUGUGUGCAAGCAUAAUACAAAAGGCCUGAACUGUGAGCAGUGCAAUGAUUUCUACAAUGACCUGGACUGGAGACCCGCCAAGGGUCGUGACACCAAUGCCUGCAAGAAAUGCAACUGUAAUGGUCACUCCAGCAAGUGCCACUUUGACAUGGCGGUAUAUAUGGCCACCGGCAAUGUCAGCGGGGGAGUGUGUGAAGACUGUCUCCACAACACCAUGGGCCGCAACUGUGAGGCGUGCAAGCCCUUCUACUACAAGGACCCAGGCAGAGACAUCAGAGACCCGCGCGUCUGCAUACCAUGCGACUGCGACCACAGCGGCUCUGUGAAUGAUGGUGAGUGUGACGGGCAUGACGACCCGGCCCAGGGCAUGAUCGCAGGGCAGUGCCGCUGUAAGGAGAAUGUGCAAGGCCCUCGCUGUGACACGUGCAGGGUCGGCUACUUCGGCCUGAGCGCAGAUGACCCCCACGGCUGCCAGUCAUGCAGGUGCAACCCCAGGGGAACCGUAUCCAGCGGACCCCAGUGUGACCCUGUCCGAGGAGCCUGCUUCUGCAAGCGCCUGGUCACUGGCCACAGCUGCAACCAGUGUGUGGCAGAGCACUGGGGUUUAAGCCAUGAUGUCAGUGGCUGCAGAGGAUGUGACUGUGACGUAGGUGGCGCUAUUGACAACCAGUGCUUAAUGGAAUCAGGCCAGUGUCGCUGCCGCAGUCACACGCUGGGCCGUCAGUGUAACCAGGUGGAGCCUGGGUAUUUUUUCAUGGCCCUGGACCACUAUCUAUAUGAGGCAGAGCUAGCCAAACUGAGUCAGGGUUGUACUGUCGAAGAGAGGGAGCACCUGCCAGACCAGCCUUCCUCUUGGACUGGCACUGGGUUCGCACGUGUUCCUGAAGGGGGCGUUCUGGAGUUUUCCAUCAGCAACAUUCCUUACUCCAUGGAGUAUGAUGUAAUCAUUCGCUACGAGCCUCAGAUGCCACUUGACUGGGAAGAGGUGCGUGUAACAGUCGUUAGGCCGGGUCCUAUCCCGACCAGCAGCCCGUGUGGGAACACCAUCCCUUCAGAUGAUCUGUUGACUAUCUCCUUGCCCUCUGGAUCCAGGUUUAUGGCUCUGCCCCAUCCUGUGUGUUUGGAGAGAGGAGUGAGCUACAAACUCCAUCUGGAGUUUGUCCGCUACGUCGACAAAAACAGCAUCCCUAGCACCAGUAGUGCAAACAUUCUGAUAGACUCUAUCGUGUUGAUGCCUCUUUACUCCUCUCUGGAGAUGUUUGUAGCGGGUGACCCUGCCUCUGUCGUCCGGAAGCAGAAUUAUGAGCGUUUCCGUUGCCAUGAGAGUGCCAAGAGUGUGCCCCGCCCAGCCAUAAGCGACGUUUGUGCCAAGCUCGUUUUCAGCCUGUCAACCAUCAUAAACGACCGAGCACUGCCUUGCCAUUGUGAUGCACAGGGUUCAUUCAGCUCUGAAUGCCAUGUUCAUGGAGGCCAGUGCCACUGUAGGCCUAAUGUGAUUGGCCAACGCUGUGAUAAAUGCGCUCCAGGAACCUAUGGAUUUGGGCCUGCGGGAUGCAAAUCCUGUGAGUGCAGUCAGGAGGGCUCUCACAGCCGGUUCUGUGAUCAGUACACGGGGCAGUGCCCAUGCCUGUCAGGCGCCUUCGGUCAGCGCUGUGACGGCUGCCAGACCGGGCACUGGGGCUUCCCCACCUGCAGGCAGUGCCAGUGCAACGGGCACACAGAGGAGUGCCACCAGAGGACUGGCACCUGUCUGAACUGCAGGAGCCACACAGCAGGGAGCAACUGUGAGAAGUGUGCCAGUGGCUACUAUGGCAACCCUGUACUGGGUUUAGGAAGCCAGUGUCGACCAUGCCCCUGUCCAGAUGGACCCGAGAGCGGACGUCACUAUGCUGCCUCCUGUUACCAAGACAGCCACAACAGACAGGUGGUCUGCAACUGUAAACAGGGCUACACAGGUGCACGCUGCGAGGAAUGUGCCCCCGGUUACUAUGGCAAUCCCUCUCAGCCUGGUGGGCAGUGCCAGCCCUGUCCUUGCAGUAACAACAUCGACCUAUCAGACCCUGAGGCCUGCGACAGACGGACAGGGGAGUGCCGCAAGUGUCUCUACAACACAGAGGGGCCUAAUUGCAGCAUGUGCAAGAGUGGCUACUAUGGGGAAGCCUCUCGUCGCAACUGCCGGAAAUGCACCUGCAACUUUCUGGGUACGGAGCACAGCCAGUGUCUGUCCAGGGAUGAGUGUUUGUGUCAGCGUGCCACAGGACAGUGCCAGUGCCUGCCUCAGGUCAUCGGACUCACCUGUGACCACUGUUCCCCCAACUUCUGGAACCUGGCCAGCGGCCGGGGCUGUGAACCCUGCAACUGUGACCCCAACAAUGCUUACACGUCUACCUGCAACGAGUUCACAGGCAAGUGUCAGUGUCGCGAGGGCUUUGGCGGAAAGACCUGCAGAGACUGCCAGGAGAACCACUGGGGUGAUCCCAGAAUCCAGUGCAGGGCCUGUCACUGUGACCCUCGUGGCAUCGAGCACUCCCAGUGUAACCCAGUGACGGGACACUGUGCUUGCCGGCAGGGCGUAUCGGGCGUGCACUGCGAUCAGUGUGCCCGUGGAUUCUCGGGCACUUUCCCAGACUGCCAGCCUUGCCACCAGUGUUUUGGUGACUGGGAUCGCAUCGUCCAAGAUCUGGCAGCAAGGACAAAGGCUCUGGCCACCCGGGCCCAGGAGAUCCAGACCACAGGCCUGACCCCAGCGUAUGAGAAGAGCUUCAAGGAGCUGGAGGGAAAGCUAGCACAAGCACGGGACAUUGUUAAUGCCCGCAAUACCACCGCAGAAGCUGUGACCACGUUAAUGGGCAUGAUGGAGGAACUCAGGUCUCUUAUUGCUGAGACCACAGAUAUGCUGAACAGCCUGGAAGGAGAAUUGACCACAGUGCAGGACAGCAACUAUGAGGCCAGCAAUGAUCUGAGCAAACUAGAGCGAGAGGCUAAGGAGCUGAACCUCACCUCCGAGCAGCUCAAGCACCAGCUUGACAUCCUCAAAAACUCCAACUUUCUGGGUGCAUACGACAGCAUCCGUGCAUCCUACAACAAGUCUCACGACGCGGAGCGCCGCGUUAACCAGUCCACUACUGACACCCCCAGCACUGUGAGCCAGUCAGCAGACACCCGCAGGAAGACGGAGCGACUCAUCACACAGAAGAAAGAUGACUUCAACCGGAAGAACGCCGCAAACAAGCGUGCCCUCACCGACCUGAAUGCCAAAGUGCAGGGCCUGGACUUAAAGAAGAUCAACGAGAAGGUAUGUGGAGCAUCAGGUGACGUUCCAUGUGGAGAGAGCCCAUGCGGCGGCAUCGGCUGCCGUGAUGAUGAACGCAGACACUGCGGGGGGCUGAGCUGCAACGGAGCCAUAUCCGCGGCUGACAACGCCCUAGAGAGAUCCAAACAUGCUGAGAAAGAGCUCGUCAAAGCCAUGGGAGAAGUAGAGGAGCUUUUCAAGCAGGUGGCAGAUGCAAAAACGAAGGCUCAGGAGGCCAAGGACAAAGCCCAAGCUGCUCUAAGGAAAGCCAGCGACACCAAGAGCAAAGUGGAGCGCUCCAACAACGAUCUGCGCGACCUCAUCAAACAGAUCCGUGCCUUCCUUAUGCAAGAAGGGGCUGAUCCUGACAGCAUUGAGGCAGUGGCCAAUCGGGUUCUUGAGCUGUCCAUUCCAGCCUCACCCCAGCAAAUCAGACAUCUAGCUGACGAGAUUAAAGAUCGCGUCCGGAGUCUGUCCAGCGUAGAUGCCAUUCUGCAGCAGACCCAGGACGAUGUCCACAAGGCAGAACAGCUGCUGUUGGAAGCCAGAAAGGCCAGGAAUAAGGCGGAGAGAGCGAAGAACACGGCAGACAGUGUGAAGCAGGCACUCGACGAUGCCCGCAAGGCGCAGGCAGCCGCUGAGAAGGCCAUUCGGCAAGCGAGAGAUGACAUUGGCAUGACUGAAAACCGACUGGCACAGAUCCAGUCGGAGACAACCGCUAAUGAGAAGGGCCUGAACGAUGCCAUGGAGCGGCUGGGGGACCUGGGGCGCCACAUAGAAGCCUUGAAAUCCAAACGAGCCAACAACAGCAUGGCCGUAGCCCUGGCGGAGGAGACAGCCACUACCGCACGAGACAAGGCCAGCGAUGCGAAGCAGAUCCUGGAUGGCGAGCUUUCGGACAAGUAUAGCACCGUCAAGGAUCUGGUGGGCAGGAAGGCAAACGCAGUGCAGGACGCCAAAAAAAAAGCAGAGCAGCUGAGAGACGAGGCGAAGCAGCUCCUCAAGGACGCGCAGGACAAACUACAGAGACUGGCAGAACUUGAAAAACACUAUGAGGAAAAUCAGAGGAUGCUGGAAGGCAAAGCCAGGCAGCUGGAUGGCCUGGAAGAUAAAAUGAAGAUUAUUCUGGAUGCCAUCAACAAGCAAAUCCAGAUAUACAAUACUUGCCAGUAAACUGCCAAAGUCCAUCUGAUGUCCAGUAAAAGUCACUGACUGGACUAAUGCCACUACUGCCUACAAGAGCAUAUGAAGGAUGCUAGACUGGAACUGGUCGCCAGAAUGGUCCAUUUUUUACAGAUGAAUAGCAACUAAUUUUAUUAUCCGUUUAUUGUAAUAGAGAGCGGGAAUAAUAUUUUGAUAUCAUUAAGCCAAAAUGACACAGGGGAGGAAAUACAUAAGAGGGGGAGAGAGGUUCAUUAGAUCUGUUUUAAUGAUCCAGGAUUGGAAGAGGAAGGAGGUGGGGAGGUCACAUCAGAACUUACCAACUCUCCUCAUUGUAAUCAUGUCCAACACACUUGAUCCAUCCACCAUGGUCUUCCAAAGACACUGAGUAUUUGGAUUAUGUGCGGUGGAUUAGGCCUUGAGAGUAGUGAGGUAUAUCUACAGAAGUGUGGUCACCAAUGGUUUAUGCUGCACUUCAGUUCCCUGAAUUCUCUGUGCUGGUAGCCUGCGUAAAAUUGUUCUCCGGCGAAACUUUCCAGUGCUGAGGAACACUGGCGCUGCUGCUUCAAUCACAGAGUAUGAUUUUUCAUAUCAUCUAGUACUGAGAGGGAGAGACAGUCUGUUUUUCUGCAUUAAUGAUUGCAACUGAUUUAUUACCAAUUGUAAUGCUAAAUUUUAACAGCAUCUUUUAAACAGCAAUAAAUUCCUUCCUGCCCACUA